GCGAAAGCAAGACAGACUGCUCUCUCUCUGCACUUGUGCUUUUGUUAGUUCUACAGAAGAGGCAGAGAAACAAGAGAUAACAAAGGCUCCGUUUCCUUUCUGUUAGAGAAGGCUUUUGUCUUUCCUCCUGCAACAAUGUCAGUGUCCGGGAAGAAAGAGUUUGAUGUAAAACAGAUCCUGAGGCUACGCUGGAGAUGGUUUAGUCAUCCUUCUCAAGGUUCAUCUAACACUGGAAACUGCCUUCAGCAGGAAGGAUAUGAGCAUAGAGGGACCCCGGUUCAGGGCAGGUUGAAGAACCACGCUCGGGACAGAAACGAACUAAAGAAAGGAAACAGUCCUGUCCAUCAAAACAUACUGACACCAGUGCCAGGACCAGCCCCUACCCAUCAAAGAGCCCUUCAGAACUGGCACCAGCAAAAUCUGAUCGAACAUCUUCAAGCAAAUGAAGAUACUUCUAGAGGUGUUUCAGAGGAGAAUUUGUCCAAGGAAUCUUGUGAGAAACGCUCACAAGAUUUGGAAAUGAUGGCGGAUGACAAAAUAGAAGAUUCUAGAGCACGAUUAUGUAAAGAGCAUCCUGAAGAAAUGAAUACCACCAAGUCUGAUGGCCACUUUCAAGCUAUAAACCAUGCUGAUCAAACACUCCAUAAAAUGGAGAACUACUUAAAGGAAAAGAAAUUGUGUGAUGUGCUACUAGUUGCUGGACCUCUCCGAAUACCAGCCCAUAGGUUGGUUCUGAGUGCAGUGUCUGAUUAUUUUGCUGCGAUGUUUACUAAUGAUGUGCUUGAAGCCAAACAAGAAGAAGUCAGGAUGGAAGGGAUAGAUCCAAAUGCACUGAAUUCCUUGGUGCAGUAUGCGUACACAGGUGUGUUACAAUUGAAAGAAGAUACCAUUGAAAAUAUUCUGGCUGCAGCAUGUCUCCUGCAGUUGACUCAGGUCAUUGAUGUCUGCUGCAGUUUCCUCAUAAAGCAGCUCCAUCCUUCAAACUGCUUAGGGAUUCGGUCAUUUGGAGAUGCCCAGGGCUGUGUGGAGCUCCAGAAUGUGGCACAUAAGUACACCAUGGAACAUUUCAUUGAGGUUGUAAAGAACCAAGAAUUCCUCCUGCUUCCAGCUAAUGAGAUUUCAAAACUUCUAUGCAGUGAUGACAUUAAUGUACCUGAUGAAGAAACCAUUUUCAAUGCUCUAAUGCAUUGGGUAGGUCAUGAUGCUCAGACUAGGCAACGAGAUCUGGCAAUGCUGCUUUCUUACAUCAGACUACCCUUACUUUCACCACAGUUACUUGCAGAUCUUGAAAAUAGUUCCAUGUUUACUGGGGAUCUUGAGUGUCAGAAACUACUAAUGGAAGCUAUGAAGUAUCAUCUCUUGCCUGAGAGAAGACCCAUGAUGCAAAGUCCUCGAACAAAGCCUAGAAAAUCAACUGUCGGGGCACUUUAUGCUGUGGGAGGCAUGGAUGCUGCAAAAGGUACCACUACAAUUGAGAAAUAUGACCUCAGGACCAACAGUUGGAUACAUAUUGGCACUAUGAGUGGUCGCAGACUUCAGUUUGGAGUUGCAGUUGUUGAUAAUAAACUCUAUGUUGUGGGAGGAAGAGAUGGUUUGAAAACUCUGAAUACUGUGGAAUGUUUUAAUCCAGUUACCAAAACCUGGGGUGUGAUGCCUCCUAUGUCAACACACAGGCAUGGCCUAGGUGUAGCCACACUUGAAGGACCAAUGUAUGCUGUUGGAGGUCAUGAUGGAUGGAGUUACCUAAAUACCGUAGAAAGAUGGGACCCUGAGGGACGCCAGUGGAAUUAUGUGGCCAGUAUGUCAACUCCUAGAAGCACAGUUGGAGUUGUUGCAUUAAAUAAUAAGUUAUAUGCUAUUGGUGGACGUGAUGGAAGUUCCUGCCUCAAAUCAAUGGAAUAUUUUGACCCACACACUAACAAAUGGAGCCUGUGUGCUCCAAUGUCCAAAAGGCGUGGAGGUGUGGGAGUUGCAACACACAAUGGAUAUUUGUAUGUAAUAGGGGGCCAUGAUGCUCCUGCUCCUAACCACUGCUCCAGGCUUUCUGACUGUGUGGAAAGAUAUGAUCCAAAAAUUGAUUCAUGGUCGACUGUGGCUCCUUUGAGUGUUCCUAGAGAUGCUGUUGCUGUGUGCCCCCUUGGAGACAAGCUCUAUGUGGUUGGAGGAUAUGAUGGACAUACUUAUUUGAAUACUGUCGAGUCAUAUGAUGCUCAGAAAGAUGAAUGGAAAGAGGAAGUUCCUGUCAACAUUGGAAGAGCUGGUGCAUGUGUGGUAGUGGUGAAGAUCCACUAAAGCCAUCUUUGUCAAAUGAAGCUGGAUCAUUUCAAGAAAGAAGAAGCAUAUUAUUUUCUAUAGUUAAUAACCAAACUGAAACAUCAUUGUGUUAUUUUAAGGUGUAGUUAAACUUGUUCUCAUUUAUGAGGCCAAAAAAAAAUUAAAUAGUAUUACAUGUCAAUACUAUGUGUGAUUUGCAGUCCCAAUUUACAGUAUAAUGAGAAAUCCAAUAGGCAUUUAGUCUCAUUACUACAAAAUUUGGCAGUGGCCAAUAUGUGAAGGAAAUACAGCAUUAAGAGUUUUCAUUUAAGAAUCUGAGGAGUAAAAGUGUUUUCUAUUUCUUUAAAAGGUACUCUACUAUCUGGAAUAUAGUUUAAUACAGGAAAGAAUUGAAGCUUUAAAAUAAAAUGUCAGGUUUUCAGAAAGACCUCAUUGUCUUAGUGAAACAAUAUCUUACCAACUAAUACCUCACAUUUGGUAAGAAUAAAGAAUUUACCUUGUUAAUGUUGAAUCAAAUGGUUCAUUUACAUAAUUUGCUACACUAAUAACAGUAUGUCAAAAUUUUGUCACCUACUAUUUUCAAUACCUAUCUACCAGAAUAAAUGUAUAGGUUUGAUAUUUUAUAAUAUAUCAUGUUAGAUUAUUUACCAGUAAAAUAUCAUAAUGCCACCUAUAUAAUCUAUAUAGUAAAACAUUGAAUAUUGUAUUGAUACAAAAUGGGACCUCAGCUUCAGAAUGGGAGGGUCUCAUUUACAUGGAAAUUAAUAUUCUCAUAAAACAUUUAAUCUGAUUUCUAUAAACACCUUCAACUAAACAAAGUUAAAAAUGUUUCAAAAAGUAUAUCAAAAUUGAGAAGAUGAUAAACAAUAUUAACACAUGAAAACCAGAG